AUGGCGACCAAUCCUACUGCGGAGCUGAAAGGCACGGUGGCUGCCACUGGCACUGAAACUCCGGAGGAUACAACAAGGCAUGUGGAUCACGGCUUCCGCGCCUGGACAGUCGUGGCCGGGGCAUGGUGCUGUCUCUUUUGUGGUUUUGGCUGGGUGAACGCCAUUGGAAUCUUCCAAGAUUAUUACCAGGUCCAUCAAUUGCGGACUUAUUCGGCGUCCAGCAUCUCGUGGAUCUUGUCUCUGGAACCGUUUAUUCUCUUUGCAGCGGGACUUGUCAUUGGAAGGGUUUUCGAUAAUUAUGGCCCCAAAUGGCUCCUCCUCAUUGGGACGUUUCUGCAUGUCUUCGGUCUCAUGAUGACCUCCAUCUCGAAGGAGUAUUAUCAGUUCAUUCUAGCUCAGGGUAUCUGCAGCCCGCUUGGCGCCAGUUUUGUCUUCUACCCCGCGCUCUCCUGCACAGCGACCUGGUUCGAUAAGCGGCGGGCCCUGGCCUUUGGGAUUGUGUCUAGCGGCUCCUCACUCGGUGGGGUCGUGUUUCCAACGAUGCUGUCUCGACUCCUGCCGCGGAUCGGAUUUGGAUGGUCCCUGCGUAUCUCGGGGUUCAUGGUCCUGGCCAUGCUGAUCAUUGCCAACCUGACCGUCCGGUCGAGAAUUGCGCCCGUCCCACGACCUGUCAAGCUUACGGAUUACAUUGGCCCCUUUUCGGAGGUGCCGUUUAUUCUGCUCAUGCUGGCUGCCUGUUGUGGGUUUUUCGCCAUGUUUGUCCCCAUCAACUAUGUUAUUGUGGAGGCGCAGGAGGAUGGCGUGGAUCGUGAAUUGGCUGGGUACUUGUUGACUAUCCUCAAUGCUGCAAGCCUUCCGGGUCGAAUCCUGCCUGGUUAUCUUGGGGACAAACUGGGCCGAUUCAAUGUCAUGAUUGCCAUGUGUGCCCUGUCCGCCGUGGUUUUGCUGGUCUUAUGGCUUCCCGGUACCCUUCUUGCCCCCGGCAGUGCAGCCAUCUACAUCGUCUUCAGCUUGCUGUAUGGAUUUGCCUCGGGGGCGUUCGUCGGCAUGGUACCUGCCCUUCUGAGCCAGAUCUCUCCCGACGUGACCAAGACUGGGGUUCGUCAGGGCGUUCUGUUCACUUGUAUCAGUAUCGCUUCGCUCACGGGGAGUCCCAUUGCUGGGGCGAUCUUGAGUCGACAGAACGGGACCUAUUGGGGCUUGCAGGUGUUUGCGGGCGCCAUGAUGGUGGGAAGUGUAUUCUUCUUUGUGGCGGCGAGAGUAGUCCUGGCCGGGUUUGCCGCUGGGAAAAAGGUAUAG